CAACACUGAGUAAGAGUAGAGGCGAUAAUAUUAGACCUGCACGGAAAUAUCCAAGUAUAGGCUGGCUCUUUACAGGAUGUAGUUACUUGUGCGCGCAUACAGCAUUGCUGAGCACUGAAAUCAUUGGCUGUCUGACGCUACAAAACAUGAUAGGGGCACUUUCUAAGCUUUAUUCUUCUGCCUUUUGGCCAUGGUCAACAUCUGAUGGACAGCUGCUUCGCACUCUUUCCGAUGAUGAGCUAUCAGCUAUCGUCAUUUUGGGCUUGAUGGGACUGUCGAUUGCAGGAUUAUAUUGGGAUCCAAUGCAUUUCACAAUACAAAGGAUGCCACGGAUUCGGAUCCGAGAACGUCAAUACCAUAUUUGGGCACGAAUCGGCGCGGUUCCUCUUCUGGUUUUGCAAUAUUUAGUUUUGUUUAUCGGUCAAUGGAAGCAGAAUUUAACUCAGCUCUGUAGUGCAAUUCUCAUGUUACAUAUUAUAUAUCUCUUGGCAUUUCAUACUGGACGAUAUUUACAGGAACCAUUGGAAUUCAAGCUUGAGAGACAGGCUAUAUCCCCACCGUCGUCGAAAGUCCUCUCUCGCAACAAUGCCUUAUUGGAAAACCAGCACAAGACCAAGAAGCGUGAAUCCAAUGCUGUGUCCACGUCAACUCGUCUAGCAAUAAACUCUUCGGAGCUCUUACAUGAUGGCCCAAGAUCCCGCACUGAUUCACCUGACAUUGAUCAGAUGAGUUGGUCAUCUAAUAAGCCUACCCUAACUUCUGCGAACCAUCUGUCAGCAGCAUUUGGCAUGUAUCGGGACCCAAAUCGUCACUCGGAGCAGGAAAGCGCGUCAUUCCAGCCGGGUUCACGACCCGGGAGUGCAGAAAUGUUUAAUAACAGCUUUACUGCUGGCAAUAGUAAUGUCAAAUUUCACACACGAGCCUACGAACCCUCGCCACUAGCCAAUCCUUCUAUCAUAGCCAACAUGGGGCUUAAUAACAUAUCUUUAGGCGAAAUGUUGGGUUUUCCCUCCGCAAAGUUCCAGCCUCCCGAAAACCACUUUGCGCACCGGUCGGCAAGGUCGCAAGAGCAAAAUGAGACGAAAUCUUGGUCUCAUCGGGAGUUUACAUCAGAAACAGAGAGGUCUGAAUUGAAUCAUUCGUUAGCCCAACUAAGACGACCUUUAGCUAGGUCUGGAUUCUCUGAUUAUACGGACGCUGACAUGAAUGAUGAAGAUGACUCCUUGGCCUUCAGCUCUAAUCACGGGCCAUUUGGGAGAGAUGAAAAAGUUAAGACACCUUCGUCCUCUGGUGGAUCUCUAGAAUCUCCAAGAAAUUGUUGGACAUCCGAUGGUAGAGAUCUUUUUGCAGCGCAAAGAUAUUUUCCACCUGAGCCUGAAACUGGUUUGGAGGACAACUUCUUCGGUAUUGUCAAGAUUGUAGAUGACUAUUUACCUCCUCAGCAAGGGCCUCGGAGCAUUGGUGGCAGGAAUUUAAUGCUCAAGAAACGUUUAGCGCGACGAUGGCUCAUCCUUUUGUUACUCUGUCGAACCUGUUUUGCCUGGAAGUUUGUGUUUGAAUUGUCCGAUGCCUUGAGCUGGGCUAGUCAGGCUAUGUUUAUAGGAGUCGUGAUACAUGCAACGGCAUUUUGGGCACUAGACGAAUACCGUGCAGUGCUUCGUCAAAUGAGAAAAAAGACUGUAGCUGUAGAAAAGAAAUCACCUCCAGAGCCUAAUGACCCAUAUGAACCGAGAAAAGUGGACCAUAUAUGCUCGGUAAGGCUGUGUUCUGAUCCCUGUCAAGUCCAUUGGGACGUAGAGCAUCACAAGAAUAUCUAAUUCUGUAUUUUCAUAUUAAUUGUUGAGCAAUAGUACCUUUUAUUGCUACUUUUGGCUAUGCGUGUUGUGAAUAUCGCAUGGGUCCUUGCAGACAACGACGGGCAAUUAAAUGUGAUGGACUGGUCGCCACGCAUCCUUCACCUGGUAUUCCCAUGGAGGGAGAAGCAAGGCGUGUUAUGGAGUGCAGUUAUGGGAUGGAUGCAGGAUAUUUCGAUCAUGAUCCUCCUCCUCAUCUUAAUAAUCUUUGGCGCUGGACACCCAUCCUCAAGCAAAAAACACCUAUGAGCUCGUGGCUAUAGCACAACAUAUGAUU